AUGCGUGUCACACGCGCCCGCGCCCAACAGGGCAACGAUGAUGCGACCGACGCGACCGAGCGUGCACCCUUGAAUCAAAUUUCCUCAAAUGCGUCGCCCAAGCAGACCCGCUACGAUGACGAGGAGCUAGUUCCGAAAACACCCGCAAAGACGCCCGCAAAGACUCCAGGAAGGAAGGCAAAGGGCAAAGGCCGGGCGAAAAAGGGAAAGAAGGGCAAAGCGGCUGAGGAGGAUGAAGAGGAGCAGACCGGAGCCGCACCUGAAGAGGAGCAAGCCGCAGAUGAAGCGCCCACGAACGAACCAACUGGCGACGAUGGUUCCAAAGACGCUUCCGAUGGAGCCUCAGAAGCCCCCGCAAUCAUCGAGCGACCCGUGACUCCAGCGCCGCGAUUGACACGCCGACAACUGGCUAUGCAGGAGGAGGAAGCGAAACAAGCGAAGCUCAGCGCCCAAUCACAAGAGCCAGAACCAGCGCCAGUUGCAGAGGAGGUGCCUUCGACUGUGGAAACGACCGCAGAAGCACAUGCGCCCGAGGAGACAUUGUCUGAGGAUGCAACAACAGGCGCAGAAGAAGCGCAGGUUGAGAGUCACCCACAGGAACCGAUACAGGAGGUUGAAGCACCAGCUACGGUAGAGCCUGUAGAGGAAGCGCAAGAUGAGCCUAUACCGGAGGUGGAGGAAGCGCCUCAAGAGAAAGCCGAUACUGUACAGACAGAGCAUACUACGUCAGUGCCACGAAUCGACGAGCCCCACGGCGAGGAGCAACCCGUCGAGGCAACAGCGACUGAGAAUUCGUCUGAGAAUCAAGUGCCUGAAGCUGACGCUGAAGCCCCUGCACCCUCAGUCGAAGUGAGCUCAGAACCGGAGCCCAAGACACUUGUAGCCGAGAGGCCCAGCGAAGAUGCCAUGACACCACUUAAGAGCCAUGCCUCCAGCCGACGAGCGUCGCGCAGCCCCUCGAAAUCGCCAAUGCGCCUGGAGGAGUCUUUUGGGGCCAUUGAUGCGCUUGAGGAGGCACUGGAGAAUGUGACUUCAGUCACCAGCUUCAACCAUGCGAAUGAAGUGAUGUCGCCUCAGAAGGCAGAGUUUCCAAAAGCAGCUACCACACAGACGAUGCGAUCGAAGGCGCUCGGAAAAGGGCCAGGGCCUGCGCCUGCUGCCAAGCUAUCGAGGACACCGAGUGUUGCUGCGCCUAAGAGCAUGAAGCCAGUGAAAUCUUCGAUGGCUCGCGCAUCCAGUGUCCGCACAGCGCCUAACAAAGAUGUUAGAGUAGAUUCCACGGAUACAGUAGAUUACCUUGCCUCGAAACGCCGGCCGAUCAGUAUGUCAUUCCCCACACCUGCAGCGCCACCAAAGGGCCGCGCACCCACAAAGGCCACCUUCCAGCUUUCAAGUAACGAUGUGGUCGCCAAAUUGAAGGCCCAAAAGGAGGAACGUCAGAAGAGAGAGACAGAGGGUGUGGUCCGCAAACCACGACCUAUUAGCAUGCCUCCUCCACCGAAAUCCGAUAAGCCCCUGACGAAACCUGCGUUCCAACUCCCCGGCGAAAGAAUCGCUGAGAAGCUCAAGGCACAAAAAGAGGAGCGGUUGAAGAGGGAAGCCGAGGCGCCUGCACAAUCAGCACCAAAGCAGCGCCCCGUUAGCAUCACCAUGGCACCUAAGCAGCGUCCUGUUAGCAUCAGCAUGGCUCCCCAUGCAAAGUCGACGAAAGCACUGACAAAAGCGACUUUCGAGCUCCCUGGUUCCGCCGUCGCCGAGAAGUUAAGGAUUAAGAAGGAAGAGCGUCUGAAGCGAAUGGAAGAAGCGGAGGCAGCAAAGAAAGAAGCUGCUCUCAAGGCACGACAAGCACCAGUGCGCAAGCCAGUGACUGUUCCUAUCAGACAACAGCAACCAGGUGUUACCAUUGCGCCUCCACAACCACCCCAAGCACCACAGGCCCAGCCCCAGCCUCAGGCUCAACCCCAGGCUCAACGUGCGUCGUCGCUGGCUAGCAAGCGCAGCAGCAUGUCUCUAUCGCAACCGCUGUCUCAAUCCCGCUCCACGUCGACUUCCUCAGCAAACCGCAACAGUGUUAUCGUUCCUAAGGCCAUUGUCACGCCUGUCGACGCCGCACAACAGAAAGUCAAGGGCCGAGAAGUCUUCAACCGCGACCGAAUGGAGAAAGAAGCCCGAGAGCGAGAGAGGCGCGAGAAGGAAGAAGCUGCCAAGCGAGCGCGAGCGGAAGCUGCGGAGAGGGGCCGCAUCGCGAGUAGAGAGUGGGCUGAGAGGCAAAAGAAGAAGUUGAUGGGUGUUUGA